CCUGAACUUUCUCUUCGAGUACUCUACACCGUGACCGGGCACUUCCCUGCAUCCGACAAGACAUCGCAGACAAAGUGCAUGUCCUCUCAUCAUCCGCGGUAGCUUUCAUCUAUCCUCGAAAGACCGCCGCACGCCGUCAAAAUGGGUGGCGACCUCAAUCUCAAGAAAUCAUGGCACCCAGUGCUCAUGAGCAACCAGAAGAAAGUCUGGGAAGAGGAGAAAAAGGCGCUGGAGGAGCGCAAGAAAAUUGAUCAAAUCAUGAAAGAGCGCGCCGAAGAGAGAGCGAUUCAAGAACUCGAAGAAUUGCAGGAGGCUGCUGGCGGGAGGAAGCGACAAGCUCGGGUUGACUGGAUGUACAAUGGACCCUCGAGCGGCCAAACCGGCACUACCGAGGAGAUGGAGGGCUACCUGUUGGGAAAGCGGCGGAUAGAUGGUUUGCUGAAAGGCACAGAGAACCAGAAACUGGAAAAAUCCGCGAAAGAGGAUUCGUUCAUUGCAGUGCAGAACGCCAACACCGCGAGAGACACGGCAGCAAAAAUCAGAGAGGACCCUAUGCUGGCGAUCAAGAAGCAGGAACAGGCCGCAUAUGAUGCUAUGAUGAAUGACCCGGUCAAGCGAAGAUUGCUGCUAAAGGCGGCUGGCAGGGAAGAUGAUGAUCGGGAACGGGAUCGCAAAAGAAGGAAACACCACCACCACCAUCGUCACCACAGUCGCCGCGAUGAUCCUGACAGACAUGAUAACUCCCGUUCAUAUCGAGACGACGAUGUGGACAGGCAUGGAAGAUCUAAGCACCGGCAGCGGAGAUCAUACACUCCUUCCGUGUCUCCAUCCCGAUCGAGAUCUCCUCCACGGAGGCCCGCGAGGUCACGAUCUCGAUCUCCCUAUCGGAGGAGACGUUCAUAUUCACCCGAAGAAAGGCGACGACCAAGAUCUCGGUCCAGGUCAAAUUCUCCUCGCCGAAACGGGCAUAGCAAUGGAGUCCGCAAAAUGCAAAGUUGGCAUUCUUCGAGGCCAGAGCCACCGAGGUACCGCAGUCCACGCCGCGAACAGAAGAAAGAAGAUACCAAGGAAGAAGACAGAGCAGCCAGAUUAGCUGCGAUGCAAAAUGAUGCGACCGACCUCGACCAACGACGAGAACAAAGGCUGGCUGAACUUGAACAAAAGGAAAGAGCCGAGAGGGAUCGAGACAACGCGGCUCGGGCUAGGACUGCGAAGCAUGGUGGUCGGGCAGACUUUGUCAAUAGCUACCAUAAAAGGGCCGGGGAUAUGACUCUAGGAGAGCGCAUGGGACGCAAUGGCGCGUCGCAGCGAGAGGAGGGUGACUAAAAAGUGUUGACUUGUACCGCUCCCUUUCGUCCUGGGAUCUUGAAGUAUGAUAUACAUCUCUCGAUCCUUGAGCCUCCUGACUACACAAUGAAUGAGACAGGGGCAGUCCUGCGGGUCGCCAUAAUUGCAUCUGUGUUAG